AUGCUACGAGCUCCAUCAUCUUCACCCUGUAUCUUCUGCCAAAUUGCUCGCUCUUCAACCUCCACUACUCUUCUCCACUCUGAUGAAAAGGUGGUUGCUUUUCAAGACAUUAACCCUUCUGCAUUCAGGCAUUACCUGGUAAUACCGAUAGAGCACAUUCCCACAGUCAAGAACCUUAAGAGGGGAGCUGAAGACUUUGCAUUAGUAAGCCACAUGCUCGAUGUGGGGCAAACCUUAUUGCACAGGGAUGCCCCUAGCUCAAAGCAUUACAGAUUUGGAUUUCAUCAACCUCCUUUUAACAGUGUUGAUCACCUCCACCUUCACUGUUUAGCGCUUCCAUUCAUUCCAAGUUGGAAAUCCAUUAAAUACACAUCUUUGGGACCACUUGGUGGAUUCAUCGAAGCUGAAAAGCUGUUGGAGAAACUAAAGCCAUUUCCGCCUCUUGCGUCAUCAAUGUAA